ACGGGGCUCCGCUUUAAGCAGCAGCUCUGACAUGGAAACCCCAUUGCAGUUGCAGAACAAUUUCUAUCCAGAGCAGCAGCAGCAGCAGCACUGUAAGUACCAGCACUACUGCGGGCGGGAGGAAGAGCGCUCCAUCAGGCACUGCACCUGCAACAACUCCUCCACCUGCGAGGAUGCCAGAAAAAGCCAGCCUUUGCACGGGACGCCGCUGGGAACUUUAAGGACACCGUCCGUCUCAUCUUCAACCAGGCAAGGCGCUCAGUACAGCGAGUUCACGCCCUCUAGUCAUGGUAGUUCUUCCAGACAUCAUCAUCACCACCAUCAUCAUCCUCAUCGCGACCACAACCGGCAGCAGAUUCGGGGCAGUCCGGCCAGCAGCCACAGAGAGAGUAACUCUUACACCCAAAUAGCCAUGAGCAGCUGCAGAUACAACGGCGGCGUGAUGCGGCCGCUCAGCAACUUGAGCUCGUCCCGCAGGAACCUGCACGAGUUUGAUUCGGAGUCCCAGCCACUGCAGCCCGUCUCUGCGGCGGACGCGUCCGACACACUCGCCUCUAAGCCGGAGAACAACUCCAGCACCCUCAUGCCUUACGCCACGGGGGACGGAGGAGGAGGCGGAGGAGGAGGUGGAGGCGGUGGAUGUAGCCACAGCGGCAGCAAAUCGGGCAAGAAGAAGAACCAGAACAUCGGGCAGAAGCUCGGGCACCGGAGGGCCCUGUUCGAGAAGAGGAAGCGGCUCAGCGACUACGCGCUCAUCUUUGGGAUGUUUGGGAUCGUGGUGAUGGUCAUUGAAACUGAACUCUCGUGGGGAGCCUACGGAAAGGAGUCACUUUAUUCUUUAGCCCUAAAAUGCCUGAUAAGCCUUUCUACAAUCAUUCUACUUGGGUUGAUUAUCAUAUAUCAUGCCAGGGAAAUCCAGUUAUUCAUGGUGGACAACGCCGCAGACGACUGGAGGAUAGCCAUGACCUACGAGCGCAUCUUCUUCAUCUGUCUGGAGAUCCUUGUGUGCGCCAUACACCCCAUCCCAGGCAACUACACCUUCACAUGGACGGCGCGCCUUGCCUUUUCCUACGCACCAUCCAAAACGGACGCAGAUGUGGACAUCAUCCUGUCCAUCCCCAUGUUUCUGCGAUUGUACCUCAUUGCUCGCGUCAUGUUGCUGCAUAGCAAACUCUUCACCGAUGCUUCAUCACGCAGUAUCGGUGCCCUCAACAAAAUAAACUUCAACACACGCUUUGUCAUGAAGACCCUCAUGACUAUCUGUCCCGGCACAGUGUUGCUGGUCUUCACCAUUUCUCUGUGGAUCAUCGCCGCCUGGACUGUGAGGGCCUGCGAAAGAUAUCAUGACAACAUGGAUGUAACCAGCAAUUUCCUCGGAGCCAUGUGGUUGAUCUCAAUAACUUUUCUAACCAUUGGAUAUGGGGAUAUGGUUCCCAAUACAUACUGUGGAAAAGGAGUCUGUCUCCUCACUGGCAUCAUGGGUGCCGGGUGCACUGCUUUGGUGGUCGCUGUGGUCGCAAAAAAACUGGAAUUAACCAAAGCUGAAAAACAUGUACAUAACUUUAUGAUGGACACCCAGCUGACAAAAAGGGUGAAAAACACAGCUGCUAAUGUUCUCAGGGAGACGUGGCUCAUUUAUAAAAACACCAAGCUGGUGAGAAAGAUGGACCACGCCAAAGUCAGGAAACAUCAGCGCAAGUUCCUUCAAGCCAUUCACCAAGCUCGAAAAUAUAUUUAUUGGGCUCUGAAUGGUCUUGUGUUCAGAUUAAGAAGUGUAAAAAUGGAGCAACGCAAGCUGAAUGACCAAGCAAACUCUCUAGUGGACCUUGCAAAGACUCAAAACAUCAUGUACGACCUGGUCUCGGACCUGAACGAGCGAGGCGAGGACAUGGAAAAGAGGAUUGCACUGCUGGAGACCAAACUUGAGACCUUGCUCAGCAACUUACAGGCACUCCCGGGCCUCAUCAGUCAGGUGAUCAGCCAGCAACACCGGGACUUCCUGGAGGUGCAACUCCAGCCAUACGACAAACACAGCCACGAGCGCUCGCAGUCUGUCUCCCGGCGCAGAUCGUCUUCCACCGCGCCUCCAACUUCAUCCGAGAGCAGCUAGAGCUGACCGCCCAGCCGGCGUCUCCGGAGAAGACUUUCGCCAUCAUAUGGCCAAGUUGCAUUUUACUGUAAAGCCUUAUGGUUUCAAUAAAGUAUUAUCCAAGUUCUGAUGGCACCAUCAGAGGUUACUGUGGAUAAUGCAUUUGAAAUGGAUAUCUUCCACACAUAUCUUGUCGAUUUGUUUUUUUUUUUUUACCUCAAUAAAUGAUGCUGUUUCUCUGUUGACAGGAUCACAGAGAGACUUUUCUCAGUAACUAAUGAUGGAAAGAUGGGGCUAUCAGGUGAGCAAGUCCUUCCUGCGGGACUUAAUUCAGGAAAGCAAUGUGACGACCUCAAAUGGCGCCAAACAGUGCCAGACUAGUGCUUCCUACCGAAUUGUCUGUCUCUGUAUAUGUGAAUGAGAUCUGACCUGUUUCUUGAAUCAACAGGCAUUAAUAACUCUUUAUCGAGGAACUAAUAGCAUGUCUGAACCUAAGACAGGGGCAGAUGAGGAAUGCGUCCCCUUCCUGUCCAAAUAGCAAAACCCCUAGAUUUACACUCUCAAAGGAAAGCAUAUAUCUUUUAGGUUAGAAACGGCAUCAGCUGUAGUGUUCUUCUGUUGUAAGCCCUCUAAAAGUGACUAUUCCGGGGGCCAUGUUGCAAAACAAUUUACUCCUCUCGAAAUGAAUGCAUCUGAAUCUAUACUUGCACUUUUUAUCAAUGCACUUCAAUGCUUACUGACUAUAAUAUGAAUUUAUGUUGCUCAUUCAAAUAAAGAAGACACCUUUAGUCAUAGGAUAAUGGCCAGAAUGUACAACGAUAAUGAUUGUGUAGGCUACGGCAAGGGCAGCAAUGAGACCUCUACUGAAAUGACUGUGCUUACAAUGUAGAUGUUAGAUCGCUGCUGAUAACAAUUGACGCAUCUCUGUGGAGCAGCUGAGAGGAAACGCUCUCGGUUCACUGUGUGCUCUGUGCUUAAAAUGAGACCAGAUCUACUGGAUGCUAUUUACAGACGUAGAUCUGUUUAAGAGCAGCAACUAUCUUGUAUAUGUUUGGAAAAGCCUAUUUUUGUAUAUUAACGAGGACAAGCACACCUCUAAAUGCGUAUGUCUUUCUCGAAGGAUGUGUGGUAAAGAAAUGUGUUUGAGUUUGUAAGUGAAACCGAACCAAAGCUUUAAAUAUGGACAGAAAGUAAGGAAAUGGAAAGUCCUUUGGGAGAUCUUAAAGAUUUGUUCACACUUGUAGUCGGUUCUUUUAGUUUACUUAGCAUUCACACUGUCUUUUUUUAACUCCUAUACUGGCAGCAUUCACACUUAUUAAAAUGAACCACACUAACAGAAAUAUUAAUAUAUUCAAAAUAUUAAUUCAUCAUAUUUGAUCAAUCUGUUGUUUAAACAAUAUUCUUAAUUGAUCUUUAAUGUGAGUUUUACUUCAAAGGAUGUGGAUAUGAUGUGUAUUUUACAGUUGCUUCACUUAAAGAAAUAGUUCUUCACUUUCACUUGUUCAAACCCAUUGAGUUUCUUUCUUCUGUUUAAAGAGCCCCUAUUUUGCAUUAUAAAAGGGUCAUAUUUUAGUUUUGGGGGUCUCCAACAACAGUCUGAUAUGCAUGCAAGGUCAAAAAACAUUUUCAUUGUCUUAUAAUAUGCAUUUAUUUUUACCUAAUUAUCCCAACGACUCCCAUAUGAUUUGUUCAGCGAUUCAUUUGUUUACAAACAUCUCCUUAGUGCGAUGCUAAUCUACGUUGAUUAGUCCGAUGACCGAGUCUGUUGCGAUUGGUCGACUGCGUUCAGCAUGAGACAGAGAGAAACACCCACCACAGCUUAUCAACAUAGUUAAAGUAGUCAGAGUGCAGAGUGUAUGCGUGAGCCCAAUGCAGGAGUGCAUUAAAGCAAUGCAGUUUAACACCAGCAUAUUGCUCUAUUCUUAACCAUAAGUAAAAACAACAACACACAUUCAGAAUUAAUCCACACUGAACUAUUUUGAAACCGGUCCGCCGCACAUGUGUAGAAACAGCUGAUGGUGGCCAUAGCAACGACAAACAGCAGAGGAUCGUGAGCUCACAAAAACAUUUAAAUUGGUAAAGAAAGUGGCACGCGUUGCUUCGCGUUUUCAACAUGGCUUUAGAUGUGAUAUGUAAAUAUAAAGAGUUAACCAGAUACAGUACAAGCUGCGUGGAGCUAUUACAAGUAACAAAACACAUUUAAAUACAUAUUUUGCAAGCUAGAGAAAACAAGGAGGCAACCAUUUUAAUCGCACUUACUUACACUUGUGAAAUGGAGGAAGGAACUGAUCCAUGAACUGUGUACUGUAAAGAUCCUGUCAAGCUCAGUCAAAGUCUCAUACAUCAUUAGUCCUUUCUGAUCCCUCCUUUUAACAAACGGCCGAUGAAUCCCUCCGUUGCAGGGAAGAUUAUUGCAUUAAUCACCAGAAUGUUCACUCAUCUUCAGUCAUGAUCAGUCCCACACACACCUGCACUCUGCUAGUGUCUGAAGGGAAAGACGCAUUCAUGUUUUACCAGAUCUGGCACUUCAUAUUUGGUAUUGUUUCAUGUCGACGUCAAUACAAACAGGCAAAAGAACCGGACGAGCGAUGAAUCAUUUAAACGACUCAGUCAAAUCUUUUACUUUAAAACAUCGAUAGUUUUAAACAAGGUGCACUUUCAGAUUUAAACCUUAGCUGGAUGUUUUCUUGUACUUGGAGCGGUGUUACACACUGCAUGUAAGGUCAUUUUCAAAAACCCAUAAUAGGGGCUCUUUAAUAAAAAAAAGAUAUUUUGAAAAUGCUGGUUGUUGGGACCCAUCGACUUCCAAUGCAAUUUUUUCCAACUAUGGAUGUUUAUUGGUCCCAACAACCAUCAUUCUUUAAAAUAUCUUCUUUCAAAUAGAUUUAAAAGUAGAUGAAUAUAAUGAGAUAAGUUUAAUUUUUGGAUGAACUAUGCCUUUAACCCUUUAACUACCAUUGUAACUGCCCUGUUUGACCUUUCAUCCUAAAAUAAUAAUAAUAAAUUUGCAAUGAGUGGUGUCAGGAACACAAUUGAACCAAAGAAGUGGAAGUUAAAAGGUUAAAGUGAAACAAAAUGAGUCAUGACAGAAGGUCAUGGUAGCCAGUGGGCUAUAUGCACAGCUAGUGUUUUUCACCCAAUGAUGAAUUUCCGGUGAAAUCUUUAUGUGACUAUUUUCAAUUUCAUAGAUUCCUUUUACAGCAUCAGUCUUGUAAUGUAAUUCAAAUAUAAUCCGUUAAAUAGACUUAAGCAUUCAUUUGGUUGUUAAAGCGUAAAAAGAGAUGAAAGACCAUUUAAACGCAGGCGCCGUCAUUAGCAUCAGGUGAGUGCUGAAACUCCAUUGAAAAUACUUGGGUAAAAUUGAUUUCCAUAUUUUAAAGACAUGGUCUGUUUGGUUUGAUACCCACUGUAUAUCGUAUCUCAGCCAGCCAGUGAAGAUCGCUGCUUUUUAAAUAAAUCAGAUCUUAAAGACUGCUUCUUUUGUAUAGGAUGACAACUAACCGGAAGC